GAGUUGUCCGGAGCCGAUCCGGUAGCAGUUUCCUAGAAACGUUUGAGAGGGUUAUACGCGUAUUUUUAAAACAUUUUAUAAUUUAUUUCUUGAUGUUAUUGUAUAAUUUUUAAUGUAAUUGUGACCAUAAAAAGUGAUAAUUUCUAUUUUGAGUGACGGCCAUUUUGUUUUGGCGGUGAAUUUAAAAUGUCGGAAGAAGCAGUCAAGUUAGCUAUAUCGACGGAGCGAAUGAUAUUCCUAAUUAAGGAUAAGUCAUGUAUAUGGGACAGAAUGGAUCCCAGUUAUAGAGACAAAUUCUGCAGAGAGAAAGCUUGGUACGAAAUAUACAAGGAAUUGUACCCGACUUUCGACAAUUUAAAAGAAGGACAGAAAAUACGUAUUGGUCAACAAAUAUCUAAAAAAUGGUUCAACAUAAGAGACGCGUACGUGAAAUCAAUAAGGGGUCCAAAAAGAAGACCAUAUAUAUAUUCCCAGGCUAUGUCUUUCUUAGACCCAGUCAUUUUGGGGGACAGACAAGACGCUCAAGAUUAUUUAGAAGAACAAUCCAUGGACGGUGAACCAGAGAUUUGGUUGAACGAAUCUUCUUUUGUAGAUGUUGAUGUAAAUGAAUCUCAAGCGAAAAAACCUAGACACGAAUUAAAAGAAUAUUUAGAUGUAAGCGAAAAUGAUACAAUUGUUAAUAUAUUUAGUAAAAUGAUAAAUCGAGAAGAGGAUGAAGACAGGGCGUUCUUCACAUCGAUAACACCAACCGUUAAGACGCUAACCGAUAGUGCUAAAAUUGAAUUCAGGAUAGAGGUUAUGAAAUUGUUACAGAAAUUGAAAAAUGAUACGAACAAUGAAAUUGUUAUUAAAACGAAUGAUUCUGAUAACGAAUAAAAACAUUUUCUUUG